GAGAACUGAAGAAUCUCGAUAAUUAGCAUUAGGGCCAUUUAUAAUACUUCCUUACGACACCUGCUGGAGUACAAUUUCAAGCCAUGGAGGAUGACUACUUCUCAAUCACGUCCAUCUUGGCUGAUAACCAUAAAAUGUCGUGCACUUUUGCGCUUGACGCUGAGGGUUUAGGAUACCUGGAAGGCAGUACGGAGAAUGACAUCCAUGAGGGUACGAAAGUUGAACUUCCCUUUUGGUUGGCCCAGACCUUAAGUGUCAAUCAAUUCACAACAUUCACGCUACCCCUUCCGUACUCCAGCCGUGUCCAGUCGGCCUUGGUCGCGUCUCCUGUCAGUGUCAAACUCUCAAACUUAGUUGGUGGGAAUGGGUGGUGGUACCGCUGGGGAAAGAAGCUUGCAGACAUGUUGGAGGAUGAACAGGCUACAAAUAUCCGAAAUAUGCUUUUGAGAGCAUUCACAGGGCGACUGCCAACUUUACAAGAUUUGGCGGCGCACCACGCCUCAGCAGAUCAUACAAUGCCGGAGCUGAGUACAAGCAAAGCGGAAAUGUUCCGAGACGGAAUGGAAGGGGAUGAAAGAGAGUUAUUCUCCAUCGGGCAAGAUUCAGGACGAUUAUUCAAGGCAUGGUAUGACAGGAAGAAAGGAAGCAGGUGAUUGACUACCCUACUCCCAUUUGUGCCGUUUGAUUUAGAUAUCCGAACAUGUAUUGUUGUAUAUUCUUUGAGUUGUUUCAGGCGCAGCGUACCGUAAUUGGUCCCUUGGGACGCAGGAGAGGACAGUCACGAAUGGGAGUCAUGACGGUCGUAUUUUCAACCUCUUAUAACCCUUGCAUGCGAU